AUGGGCUCCUCGGAAAAUCUCAAUGUCCUACCACUUAGCGCCGUUCACGUUUACAAAGUGGGUUGCAUAAAAAAUUCUUUAAAAUACGGCCAUGGAAAGGUGCUUGGUGGAACGUCUAUAAUAAACUUUAUGAUUCAUGUACGGGGAAACCGUCGGGAUUAUGAUCGAUGGGCAAAAAUGGGUAAUCCAGGAUGGUCGUACCAAGAAGUCCUGCCAUAUUUUCUUAAGUCUGAAGAUGCUCACAUUGAAAAGGCCGAUGCUGGCUAUCACAAAAAAGGUGGAUACUUAACAAUAAGCGAUGUGCCUUUCAGAACUAAGAUGGUAGAUGCUUUGGUUCAAAGUGCGCAAGAAUGCGGACAUCCAUAUGUUGAUUACAAUGGUAAAGAACAAUUGGGGGUUUCGUACGUACAAACACAUACACGGAAUGGACGACGAUGCAGUGCUGAGAAGGCAUUCCUACGACCAGUUGCCCAAAGAUCAAAUUUAAAAAUACUUACAAAUAGCAGAGUAGUAAAAAUUCUAAUCGAUCCUACUACAAAGAGCGCUUAUGGUGUACAAUAUGCCAGAAAGAAAAAGUAUUACAACGCCUUUGCUAGCAAAGAAGUUAUUGUCAGUGCUGGUGGACUGAAUUCCCCCCAACUUUUGAUGCUGUCUGGUAUAGGACCAAAGGAACAUUUACAAGAAUUUGAUAUACCUGUAAUUGCAAAUUUACCAGUUGGUAAGAAGAUGUAUGAUCAUCCCAGUUUUAUGGGAAUGGGUUUUGAAAUUGACGAAGAUAUUGUUUUGAGACAAGAUCCAAUUUUAACCAACGUUACGGAAAUUCUCACAUUUCUAAAACUUGGAAAUGGAUCCAUGACCAGUAUAGGUGGGGUAGAAGGUUUAAUUUAUAUGAAAAGUGAAGUUUCAACGGAUCCAGAUCCAUUAUAUCCCGACAUGGAAUUGAUUCUGCUUGGUGGAAAUCUAGCAAGUGACAAUGGUCAUUUAUUUAGACAAAUGUUUAAUAUUCCACGUGACAUAUACGAGAAAGUUUGGAAGAUUUAUGAAAGCAAGCCAAUGUACCAAAUAAUGCCGAUGUUAGUUCAUCCAAAAUCCGUAGGAUCAGUAAAGUUAACUUCUAAGAAUCCAUUCCACUUUCCAAAAUUUUAUGCUAACUUUUUCUCAGAUCCCGAAAAUCAAGACAUUAAAACUUUUAUAGCCGCUCUAAGAGAGGUGCAACGGAUGAGCCGGAGUCCCACAAUGAAAAAAUUAGGAGCAAGAUUAGUUCAAACACCGAUACCAGGUUGUGAGACAAUGCCAUUUGAUAGCGACGAAUACUGGGAAUGCGCCCUUCGAUCUUUAACAAGCAGUCUGUGGCACCAAGUAGCGACGUGUAAGAUGGGUCCAAAAUCUGACCCAGAAGCAGUGGUCGAUAAUACAGGAAAAGUUCAUGGUUUGAAGCAUCUUCGAGUUGCUGAUACAAGUAUUAUACCAAUGCCAUUGACUGCACAUACUGCAGGACCGUCAUACAUGGUAGGAGAAAGGAUUUCUGACUUUAUUAAAGAAGAAUGGAGAGCUAAUAAAUAUUUUAAAUAA